AUUUUCUUAUUUUAUUUUCCUACAGAUUUGGUUGCGCAGUCGGAGAAACUGACACUCGGUUUAGUCUGGACUUUGAUCAGACAUUAUCAUAUCGCUGGUAACUUCCACGAGGAGGAAACUAAAAGCAAGGGUACUGACAAGGAGAAAUUGUUGAAGCGAUGUAAUGCAAUUCUCGAGCAUCGCGGUAGUCAACCUAUCAGGAACUUCAAAGCCGACGUGUCCUCAGAGCUGUUCCAGUGUCUGCUGCAACAUUUGCAAGACGCCCACCAGACCAGCAAGACCACAUCAAACAAAUCGCUUUCAGAACUCGAUCAAUUCGAAACUAUAUUCGCAAAAGCCGAGAAAGAUUUCCAGAUCCCCUCUCUUCUCGAUGCUGAGGAUUAG